UUUUCUGUAUAGUAAAUAAGAAAGUAACUCUGUAACUGUUGAUAUGGCGCACCCAAGUUUGAGUAUGAGUACUUCUGAGUAUUAUGUAGAAAAGUCAUCAACAAAGCGUGUGGUUUUUGCGUCCAGGGCUCUUACUUAUGAUACUGAGCCAGGUACAGUGAAUUCUCUAACAGAAGAAAACAUUUCAAUCAAGCAACCUGUGACAGAAAACGUUAUCCUAAGGCGCAGACAUUACCUUAAGCCUAAAUGCAGAGCACGAAAGAUCUCUUCAAAGGCAGCUGUGUUAGUGCUCAUUUGGACUGUUCUAGUCAACUCUGUGUAUGGAUCUUUGGACAAUCUUACGAUGCUGCUUAAUUUACACGAUGACCCGAUUUUCAUUAUUGUACCUGAAGUCAUAUUUGUCAUUGUGGCUUUGCUUACUGGCUACAUUGCUGCUAACUUUAUUGGGCGAUACCGAUCGGCGAAGAUUGCAUUCAUACUAUUGUUUGUAACUUCCAUUUUGCAGUGUAUAUUGGUGAUAAACAAACAUUUGUCCAUUGUGGAUUUCCCACAUAGUUUGAGUAUUGGGAUAGUAACGUUUACUUUGUCUCUAGGAUAUGGUAGUGCAGCUAUACUGGUCACUGUGCCACAACUUGGUCUGGAUCAAAUGCCUGCCAGCUCAGCCUCCAACAUAACCUGUUUCUUAACAUGGUUUGUCAUUUCUUAUCUUUUUGGUAUGUGGUUUAGUGAGUUCUAUUCUACCACGAGCUCGUUUUGCUUCGGAAGUGAUUUUGCAACAGUUUGGAGCUUGUUAUCUGUAGUUAGCAUGUCAAUUGUUCUCAUCUCGGACUUUUUCCUCACUCCAAAAUGGCUUAUUAUUGAACCAAAAUGUCCACAGUCUAUGAAGACAAUCUAUUGUGUCUUGAAGUAUGCUGCAAAACACAAAUCUCCUACUAAUCGCAGUUCCUUUACAUACUGGGAAGAAGGUAUACCUUCUAGACUAGAUCUGGGGAAGACAAAGUAUGGUGGACCAUUUACAGUAGAGCAAGUUGAAGAUGUGAAAACCAUUUUAAGGAUGAUAGUUCUGACUAUACCUAUAUGGCUGAGCUUGUUAUCAUUCCAAAUGCAAUCGAGCAUUUUAGAUGUGUUAGAACCUGAGCCAUUUCUUCCUGGCAUUGGUGCGAAUGCAACAGAGAGCCAACACUGCCACUCACAUUUAAUUAAGUUUUUCACAUAUAACCCGAAUUUGCUUGCUGCUAUGUUCCUUGUGGUGCAUGAGCUCGUUAUUUUCCCACUAUUUGGACACUUGACUCCAAGCUCAAUCCGACGUAUUGGUGUGUCUUUCCUGCUUAUUGUGAUUACCUCCUUCUUCUGCAUAUUGAUCUGUGUGUACUUCUAUUACUACCAUGAUAUUCACAUUGCACUAGCCUGCAUCCAUGCUUUGAGUGUAGCUAUCGUUACUUUGAUACUAUAUCCUUCUUUAAUGGAGUUUCUUUGUGCUCAGUCACCUUAUAAUAUGCACUGUCUUUUGCAGGGUCAUUAUUGGUCUAUUUUCACAUCUUCUGUUUCAAUAGCCUUUCUGAUUAAUUAUGAGAUAAACUCCUUCUCAUUCUCUAAAGAUAGCUUGUCGCUUGUCCUGUUGAUCUACUCAUCCGUGACUUUUGCAGUGGCUUUGGUUGGGCUUGUACUGUUUUGUCUACUUGCUCGCUGGUACAAGAGGAGAGAAAGAGAUGACAUAGUCAGUGUUCAUACUUUGGUCGAGGAAACCUACGACAGAUAUCUCCCAAAUUGAUUUGUAUUUUAGCACUUACUGAUUAUUGUAUUACGUUAUAUAUAUACGUGUACAUUAAACAUAUUUGAAAUUCCAAAAAUAAGUUGUCUACAUACAUUUCUAACUGGAGAACAAUAUAAUAACUGUAUGUGUACUGCAGGAAUACAAUGGUAUAUGUAUAUAUCCUUGGGGCAUUUGACAAUGUUUUUGUGGUGUAUUGUACAUACAGUCGCAUAAGUUGUUAAAAACAUUGUCUACCAUUGUUUCACUCGAACAAUAUGUGUAGUGGCACGUGCUAAUCAGUCGCUUAUUGACGAAUGUAGCCUAUCUGUAAAGACAACUAAAACUUUAACAUGUCUGAAAAUUUGGCUAGCAUAUCUGAAGAAUUUGAACCACCUGUAUGUAUUCAGCAGCUUAAGCCAAACUACAGGAAAUGCCUCAAGCCCAGAUGGAGAAAAUUUUCUUCCAAGUCAGCCCUGUUAGUUCUCGUCUGGAACUUCUUUCUCUCUGUAAUGAUCAAUGCUAUGACCUAUAAGUACGUUGGUGUGUCUGAAGUGGAGGGCAGUGUGAUUGUUAGUGUUGUCCCUUAUAUCCUGUGGCCGUUCAGUGCCGUCUUUUUUGGUUGGCUGGCGGACACAUAUUUAGGGCAGUACCGUGUUGCUAAGAUGGGGAUGGUUUUAAUGUUUGUGACAGCUUUGCUUCAAUCUUUUCUGUUUGUUGUUGAAAAUGCCGUUGACAUCGAUGCUAGCCUGGCAAUUGCACUAACUACUAUAGUCAAGUUUAUUGGGCAUGGCAGUAGUGCCAUAAUUCCAGUGACGUUGCCUCAAGUUGGUCUGGAUCAGAUGCCUGAGUCUUCAUCAACGAACAUUACCAGUUUCAUUGCCUGGUUUGUCGCUUCUGUAUUUGGUGGGUUUUGGUUAGCCGAAGUUUCUUUAAAUGUUGGUCUUCAGUGUAUUGGGUCGGAGUAUGCUCUUGUUUUUAGCUUGUUUCCAGUGAUUUGCAUGUCUAUUGUUCUCAUUUCUGAUGUUUUUAUAACUCCAAAAUGGCUGAUAAUUGAACCAAAGUCACCGCAGUUUCUGAAAAUUAUUUAUCGAGUUCUCAAGUUUGCUAAGCAACACAAGGCUCCUCUCAAUCGCAGUGCUCUCACAUACUGGGAGGAAGACAUUCCUUCAAGAAUGGACGUGAGCAAGUCAAGGUAUGGUGGACCGUUCACUACAGAGCAAGUUGAAAAUGUGAAAACUCUCUUUCGAGUUUUAGCUCUUACCUCACCUAUGUGGAUAAUCCUUGUCGCUUUUCAUAUGUUUCUGAACAUUUUUGCUCUCUUUGAUUAUGAGCUGCAUUUCGAUGGAGCCUCUAACUGUACCACAACUGUACUGACCUACUUCACUUAUCAAUGGGACCUGUGGUGUAUUGUUCUAGUAGUAGUUUAUGAGCUAUUCAUGUACCCUCUGAUCUGUCAUAUAUUUCUAAGCUCCAUACGACGAAUUGGCCUUAUAGCCUUUGCAAUCUUCAUCGUGAACUUUGUGUGUGUACUUCUGAGUAUCUACUACUAUGUGAGCAACCAACCUAUCCACAUAGUGUUGGCGUAUGCUCACUCUAUUGUCGUGGCCGCUCUUAUUAUCUCGCUACUGACUUCUGCUAUGGAGUUUGUGUGUGCCCAGUCGCCCUACAAUAUGAGAGGCCUCCUGCUCGGCUAUGUGUGGUGUAUAGAUGUAUUCACAUAUAUUUUAGCUCAAAUAUUAUUCGAAGUACUUUAUGAUCUUAAAUCAACUCACCCGUGGAUAGUGAUACUGUAUACUGGACUGGCUGCUUUGUUAAGUCUUGCUGGGUUUGUGUUGUACUGCCUCCUGGCCCGCUGGUACAAGAGGAGAGUGAGAGACGACAUAGCCACCCCUCAAAAAUGGGUGGAGGAUGCCUAUGACCGAUACCUCUCAGAGAAUGAAGAGAAUGAACGCAAUUGAACUGGUUUUUUUUGUUUUAUAUUAUUAUAAUUAUUAUCAAUGUGAUAAAAUUUAUAUUGGCUACAUGUAGAUAAUGUCUAUUAAUUUCCUUUUAAAGAAAAUAUUAACAAUAAACGAAAGUGAAAUAAAGAAAUUUAUGAGCUGUAUUCCUUUACGUAUGCUUAGCCUGUGCUCAGUGAC